AUGUUCAUUGAACAUCCGGAUUAUACCAGAAAAUGGGGAAUAACGGGAAUACUUAAAGGGAUACAAUCUCUUUUAUGUUUGUUUACUCUAAACGUGUUAACCCGAACAGGAUAUCCGAUACACGGAGGAAUAUCCGCGGACGUCGAAGGUAGGACGAAAAAAAACGAGAGAAAACAAAUGAACGGAGACAGAGAUAAGUUGAAAGAACAUCAAAAAACGCAGCCUCGCGCAAAGGGAGCCGUUCCGGCGGUUCCCGCGACUCAUACACCAAAAUUGGUAAAUAGUUGCAAGGUCAGACUGAGGCGUUAUCUAGAAGAGGAAGGAAUAAAAGGG